GUGAUUGGACCGUCUUUAGACCCGCCUCCACCAGCAGCAGACAGAGAUGGACGCGCUGGUGAACUGCUCCACUGCGUCGCGUUUGGUUCUGCGUUCAUAACCGUUAAAGUACGGGACUUCAGCGCGUUUGAUUAAAACAAACGCAGUUUAUCGCUUGUUUCCAUCGUACUAGGAUCUCAAGCCAGCGAGAUGGCAGACAGUGGCGGCUGCGUGACCCUCCGCGGCGCUCUGAUCCGGGACCUGCUGGACUCCAAACACAACGUGCUGUUCGACUGCGACGGCGUCAUCUGGAACGGAGAAACAGCCGUUACUGGAGCUCCGGAGGUGGUCAGUCUGCUGAAGCAGCGCGGCAAACGCGUGUUCUUCGUCACUAACAACUGCACCAGGCCGCGGGAGAACUACGUGCAGAAGUUCAGCCGCCUCGGCUUCACUGACGUCGCGGAGGAGGAGAUCUUCAGCUCGGCGUACUGCUCCGCCGCGUACCUGCGCGACGUGGCGCGGCUGGAGGGGAAGGUGUACGUGAUCGGCUGCGGCGGGGUGAUGAAGGAGCUGCGGGACGCCGGGGUGCCGGUGGCGGAGGAGGAGGACGCGGAGCCGGGCGCCAGCAUCUACACCUGUCCGCUGGACCCGGAUGUGAAGGCGGUGUUGGUGGGAUACGACGAGAACUUCACCUUCAUGAAGCUCGCCAAAGCCUGCUGCUACCUGAGGAGCCCCGAGUGUCUGUUCCUGGCCACUGACCCGGACCCCUGGCACCCGCUGAGAGGAGGCAGGGUCACCCCGGGGUCCGGCAGUCUGACAGCCGCUCUGGAGACGGCCAGCAGCAGGAAGGCCACGGUCAUCGGGAAGCCCAGCCGCUUCAUGUACGACUGCAUCGCCAGCCAGUUCGAUGUGGACCCGGCGCGCUCGCUGAUGAUCGGAGACCGGCUGGAGACAGACGUUCUGUUCGGCAGUAACUGUGGUCUGACCACGGUGCUCACGCUGACCGGGGUCUCCACGCUGGAGGAGGCGCUCGUGUACAGAGACAGCCAGGAGCCGCAGCAGAAGCACUGCGCUCCUGAUUACGUGAUGGAGUCUGUGGCUGAUUUCCUGCAGGCUCUGGACGAGUGACAGCUGCACUGUUCCUCAACGUCUGAGAAAACACCACAGAACUCCACUCAGACAUACGAGACCCUGGAGCACAAAACCAGUCGUUAGGGUCAAGUUUUCUAAAUUGAGAUUUAUGCAUCAUCUGAAAGCUGAAUAAAUAAGAUCGAUGUAUGGUUUAUGAUCAGACAAUAUUUGGCCGAGAUGCAAAUAUUUGAAAAUCUGGAAUCUGAGGGUGCAAAAAAAUCUAAAUAGAGAAAAUCAUUUUUAAAGUUGUUCAAAUGAAUUCUUGGCAAUACAUAUUACUAAUCAAAAAUUAAGUUUUGAUAUAUUUAUGGUAGGAAGUUUACAAAAUAUCGUCAUUGGACAUGAUCUUUACUUAAUAUCCUAAUGAUUUUUGGCAUAAAAGAAAAAUCUAUAAUUUUUGGUUAUUGCUACAAAUAUACCCCAGAGACUUAAGACUGCUUUUGUGCUCCAGGGACAUAUUUCAUCCAUUUUAUUUUAUUUUCCUG